AUGUCCCUUGAUUUGAUCCAGGGUCUUCGCGAUAGACUGAUGCGAGAGGUUGAAAACGAGCAGCGUCGCGUCCUGGACGACGGUCUUCAAAUCCGGAUCGGCAAUCACAUUCGUGGGCCGGUUGUCGCAGAGUUGCGCAUGGUGUCUCGACUGCUUGGGGAAUUGGAUCUCCUCUUCGAAUACCCACAUGCGAACCUCUUUCUCGAAGAUAUCGGGAAGUUUGUGGGUGUUUUCAGCGGUGAUCUUUGCGAUAGCUGA